AUGUCUCGUCCACAAGUUACUGUAUACGCCUUGAAUGGCGAAAAGUCUUCUGCUGCAUUGCCAUUGCCAGCUGUUUUCUCUGCUCCAAUCCGUGCAGACAUCGUUCGCUCUGUAUUCACCCGUGUGAACAAGAACAAGAGACAAGCUUACGCUGUCUCUGAGAAGGCUGGUCACCAAACCUCAGCAGAAUCUUGGGGUACCGGUCGUGCUGUCGCACGUAUUCCACGUGUUGGCGGUGGUGGUACUCACAGAUCCGGUCAAGCCGCUUUCGGUAACAUGUGUCGUGGUGGUCGUAUGUUUGCUCCAACUAAGACCUGGAGAAAAUGGAAUGUGAAGGUCAACCACAACGAAAAGCGUUACGCUACCGCUUCUGCAAUUGCUGCUUCUGCUGUUGCAUCUUUGGUUUUGGCUAGAGGUCACAGAGUUGAAGCUAUCCCAGAGAUCCCAUUGGUUGUUUCUUCCGACUUGGAAUCUAUUUCUAAGACCAAGGAAGCUGUUGCUGCUUUGAAGGCUGUUGGUGCUCAUGCUGAUGUUGUCAAGGUCUUGAAGUCCAAGAAGAUGAGAUCCGGUAAGGGUAAGUACAGAAACAGAAGAUUCACUCAAAGAAGAGGUCCUUUGGUUGUGUACGCUGAAGACAACGGUAUUGUUGGUGCUUUCAGAAACAUUCCAGGUGUUGAGACUGCUAAGGUCUCCUCUUUGGGUUUGUUGCAACUUGCUCCAGGUGCUCACAUGGGUAGAUUCGUCAUCUGGACUGAAGCUGCCUUCGCUAAGUUGGACCAAGUCUGGGGUUCUGACUCUGUUGCUUCUGUCAAGUCUGGCUACUCAUUGCCAGCUAACAUCAUCUCUAACUCCGAUGUUGCCAGAAUCAUCAACUCUUCCGAAGUCCAAGCUGUCGUCAGACCAGCUGGUCAACCAACUCAAAAGAGAUCUCAAGUUCAAAAGAAGAACCCAUUGAAGAACAAGCAAGUUCUAUUGAGAUUGAACCCUUACGCCAAGGUUUUCGCUGCUGAAAAGUUGGGCUCCAAGAAGAUUGAGCAAGCUGAAAAGGUUAAGCCAUCCGCUGCUUUCUCCGAGACUUUGAAGCACGACUAA